AAAAUGGCGGACCGACGUAAUUUCGCGGCACAAGACUAGAAACAAAUCCGUAAAUUAUAAUUAUAUCGCAAUCGUAUCGUUUAUCAAUUAGUAACAAAGAGAGUAGUUAAUUGGUUGAAAUACAGCAGCGAUGUUUUCGUCUCUAGUUUACUGUGGUUCGCUAUUCGAAUUUCCUGAGUGCGGUGUAGCUAGGUGAAUUGAUGUAAAAAUACAAAAAAAAACAAAUUGCAAUGGUUAUUACCAAGUGAAUUGACAAUCAAAUGUGUGCAAACGAUUGAGACUGCUGUACUUUUCUUUUCUUGAGAACAACAAAUGGAUCGCGAGGAGAAUGUAUUGUUCAACGGCGUUGAUGGAAUGAUACAAAUCAUUGGAGAGGCAUCGCCCAAAGAUAUAUCUUCCUUGAAGGGAUUCCUCGAUUAUGUUGAGACCAUAUCGAAACCAGAUGAUAAAUCAAAGACUCGAAAUUCGAUAAAGAUAGAAGGCGCUGCCACCGAGCUCGGAAUGACCGGUAAAUUUAUCGACAUCAAUCUGACAGAUUUGAUGAAGAAGGACACUAUGACAAAAUCUUCGAUACAGUACGUAGCUCUCCCAGAGACGCAGAAUUUCUUCAACGGGGAAAAUGUGGAAGUGGAAUGGAAGGUAAACGAGGAUAACGAGAGUCCCUACCGAUGCGCUAUCUGUCAGGUCCAAUUUUUCAGCCGAGUUUCUUUGGACAGACACAUUGUAGACUUGCAUUUGGGUACGACGGGGAGGUUCCUAUGCGACAUUUGUCACAAGGAGUUUUCCCGCGUGUUCGAUUUAGCCAGGCACAAAUUGAUACACUCCGGUGUAAAGCCGUUCCAAUGCAGUACCUGUCAAAAGCAGUUUUCCAGACAGGAUCAUUUGAAGCAGCAUAUUUUGAGCCAUUCGCAGUGCUCCGAGGGGGAGUUUUUCGGCUUUGAGAACGGUCUGAACAAGUGUACCAUUUGUCACAAGCAAUUAUCGCGUCCCCAGCACCUCCGGACUCACAUGCGUCAACAUCUGGGUACCCUGUUCGAGUGCGACAAAUGCAGCAAAAGAUUUUCUCGCGCGUCUCACCUCAGAGCGCACAUGCGUCUCCACCUCGGUACGUGUUUUCGCUGCAGUGUUUGUCAAAAAGAAUUUUCCCGCCCCUCGGAUCUGGAUCGUCACAAGCUCACGCACUUGGACAAAAAGCUUUUCGAGUGUCCUACGUGUCAGAAAAAAUUCUCUCGCAAAGACAAUCUGAAAAAGCACAUGCUUUCCCACGUGGACUCGGUACCCGCCGAUCACGAGAUCCAAAACCACGUCAGAUUUUCCAUGAAUCUGAGCGAAGAAAUCGACGGUUUGCCCUCGAAUCCGGGGAGCUCCGAACCGAAUUUCGAGGGGACCACGUGCGCGCACAAUAAUUGGUCGGAGAAAAAGUUCGAGUGCGCGGUUUGCGAGAAACGUUUCAACAGAAAGGUCCGUUUAAAGGAGCACGUUCGGAUCCACGUAGAGAAAAAAUUGUCCUUCGACGAUCGGGAGAACAAGGAUCAAAAUAAAUGUGGUAUUUGCAGCAAGCAGUUAUCGCGACCGGAACACCUCAAAGCUCACAUGCGUCUGCAUCUCGGUACACUUUUCAAAUGCGAGACGUGUGAAAAAGAAUUCUCUCGAUCCUCCGAUUUGGAACGUCACAAAUUAGUCCACUCCGGUCUCAAGCAAUUCAUAUGCAUUAUUUGCCACAAGCAAUUCUCGCGUAAAGAUUACUUGAAAAAUCACAUGCUCUCGCACGCCAAUAAAAAAUCAUUCGAAUGUGACAAAUGCAAGAAGCGAUUCACCUAUUUCACAAACUUGAGAAAUCACCUUCAUCUUCACUUAGGACAGUAAUUAAUUUAUUAAAAACUCGCGAUUUCUGCAAUGGGUCACGUCCAAAUGACGUUUAACUUAUUUUUAAAUACAAAUUUUCCAAAUGAAACUCGAUACUUUAUUAUGGAAAUAUUUUUCUUUAUUCGAAACUGUUUCUCUCAUUCCUUUAUUUCUUUUUUUUAUUCCUUUUUAUUUUCUACUUCUAAUAAAUAUAAAUCAUGGAUGCAUUCAAUGCGACACUAAUGAAUAAACAACUUAUCGCACCGUUGAACGUAUAAUUAAACUACAAUAAUAUCGAAUCAAUCAGAUAAUUAAUUGUAAAAUAUUUUCAACUUUAAUGAUCUUAUAAUAUAUAUAUGUCGUGUAUAUAAUAUAUGUAUAUAUUACACAUCAACCCUGAUACAGUUAUUUACAAAUCAACGAGCCCCAUACUUACAAAUAAUUAACAUCAACGUUACAACAUCUGUCUAACAAAUAUACAGAUUUCAUGCCAAAUGGAAACAAUGAUAAAAUUCAUAUAAAAAGAAGAAUAAUUAUUAUUUUUAAAAGAAUCGGUUAUUGUUCUCUUUAGGAACUUCACGAAAUAUUUUCACUAUGAGUUAUAAAAGAACAAAAAAAAAAAAAAUAAUAAUAAUUAA